CACAGCAAGCGAGUGUUAUGGUUUAUUUAAAUUUCACCUUCUAUUGUGGGUGCGGUGAAACGAACAGACGAGAGAGAGCAUCGGAGCCGGCGCCGCCGCCUCUCCCGCCGGCGCUCAGACCGCUGUCGUCCUUGCACCACGCCGGCGCUUGCACACUACAUCACAAAUUCAAAAUUCGAACCGUGUGUGAACCAAUCGUCAUCGUCAUCGGCCCAACAUGUCGGCCAAUCGGUUUCUAUUGGCGCUUUCCCUGCUCGCUGCGAUGAUCGCGACCUGCCGCGCCGCCACCGUUUUGGAACUGCUUGAGAAAUUCGACGUGGACAAGAUUCUCUCUCCUGAAGACCGACAGGAGCAGAACAACCGGAACUGCCUGUGCAAGGGACCGGCGUGUGUGUGCUGCGUGGACUUCAACAUGACCUUCGUGGACCUCGGAGGACCAGGUUGUGUCCACAUGAAGUAUCUGUCUCCGGACGAUGGAUUUUCAGUAAACGUCUCAUACGGGAAGAACUUGCUACAUAGUUCCAAAAUUCAAGGAGCGAACCCGGCCCCGAUCUGCCUGGACAUGUUCGGCAAGUUCGCCCAACUGUGCGCCAAGUUCAGUGACCUCGCACCCACCUCCGACGGGCUCCGGGGCUGUCUCGAGCUGGAGCCGCGGCUGCUGGGGGAGACGCAGCUGGACUUCCCUAUCGGCUGCUUCAAGUCUACCGCUGAGGGCAUGGAGAUGGAAGACCCGCCCGCGGAGACUGAAGAAACGACUGAAGAAGGCCCAGAGGAAGAGACUGAGGGUGGAAUUGACGCCGAGAACUUGCUGCAAGGGAUCUACCAGACUGCGGAGCAGGGAGUGGCCUUCCUGAGCAGCCUCCUCGACCUCCCUAACAAACUGAACGGCAAGCCAGCAGCAGCCAACGCCACCACCGCAGCCCCCGAACCCAGCCAAGGGGAAGCCGCCAGGAGACUCCCAAAAAAUCUCAAACAUCCUAACCUAUUGUGAUAUAACUAAGCAAUCCUACUUAUUUAAUUAAUGUAGUACAAACAAGCAUUUGUGUUAAUUGUACGGCUUGCCAGCUUUAGCAAUUAGUUUUAAGUUCAAAUGAAACUAUUUAGUUUUAAGUAUUAUUUAUUCCUUACGCACUGCUGUACGCUUAGGUUAAGGUACAAGAAUUUGAUUUGUAAUAAAAUUUUACACAAUUA